AUGCUCGACGAAAACCUCCCAACCUUCCACUUCCGCCCCUCCUCCGACAACCCCCAAAACACCAUCCUUUACUUCACACACCAGGGCUCCGACCCGACACCGAACUACCUCCUCAAGCGCGCCGACCCCGCCAAUCCGGCCGCCCGCAACAAGUACGCCGCCGCCCUCACCGACAUCGCCUCCCAGCAGAUCAUCUACGCCGAGGUCCUCGUCGAGCCGGAAUGGACCCAGCCCACCCUCUCUGCCGCCGAGCUCCGUGCCCAGAACGGCACGCCUGCCCCGCCCCAGCCUAUCCUGCCUGACCAGGUCACCUUACAGCUCUACAACCCGGAUUCGCAGGUUGUCAUCAAGACCAAGGCCGGUAGCUGGGGCAAGACGGACAGCUGGGAGUUUGAGAUGCCCGAACAGAGCUUCCGCGCCCCGAGCGCCAGUAUGAUCGACCGCUCCGCCGACGAUCCGCCCAUCAGCGACACCGUUCCCAAGGUCAUCUUCCGCUGGAAGCGCGACGGUAGGCUGAGCAAGGACAUGACUUGCUACAUGGUCGGCAAGAGCGUUGCCGGGAAGAAGAGCAAGGAGCCCGAUAUUACCGUCGCCUUGUUCAAGGACCGGAAGCACGAGAGCGCCGUCACCAUCUACGAGCCCAACCUGCAGCGUGUGGACGUCGAAGACCGCAAGGGCUUGGAUAUCGUUCUGCUGCUCGGUGCCGAGGUCCUCCGCGACUUGUUCCUCAACCCCAGGCAAAACGUCUUCAACCUUACGUCGAUGCCCUCGCCGAUGGCCGCUCGUCGGAAGAACUCCAAGCCUCCCCCAGCCUCCAUGGGUCUCGGACGGCCCGCAUCCCCUGUGGCCGCCAUGUCCGGCGCCAUCGGCAACAAGCCCGCCUCACCCCCGGCACAAGCGAUGAACAACGGCCCGCCUAGACCCAACGCCCGCGCGCAGUGGGAGAUUGACAACGAGACGAAGCGUCUGCAGGCCAUGGUCGCCCAGGAGGAGCGGCAGGCCCGCGAGCGUGAGCGCCGCGACGCCGAGGAGGCGAAGCGCAUCCAGAAGAUGCUCGAGAAGGAGGAGAAGGAACGGCGGCGGAAGGCGGCCGAAGUUGAAGCGGAGACGGAGCGUCUCCGCAGGUUAUACGGCGUGCAGCCUAACGCGCCCGCGCCCGGUCUGCCUCCCCGACACCAGCCGCAGCCCGGGACUACCCCGGGAUCGUGGCACGUCGCACCGGCGCAGCCGCCGAGGCCUCUGAGCGCGGGACCCUAUCAAAACGGGCAACCAGGGACCAGCGCAUACCGUCCGCCGCAACAGGUGCACUUUGCGCCGCAGCCGAGCCCGGCUCAGCAGCAAGCCCAGCAGCAGCAGGGCGGCCGGGGUAAGCUUCCGAACCUGAUGUCGGGGUUGCUCCAAGGUCCGUAUGCGAACCCGGCUGCUAGUGUCAGUAACUUCUUCCAUCGGGACCGGACCGAGGAGGAGAAGCAAAAGAUCGCCAAGAAGCGAAGUGUUCAUUUCUAG